AUGGCUCUGUGUGCCACCAGCUCGUAUUAUGAACCCCAAGAGAUUGCAGCUCGUAUACUGCCAAAUGUUGUUGUUCUCACAAUUGAUCCUCACAUUGAUGUCCGGUCAAAGGCUUUCCAAGCAGUUGAACAGUUUUUGCAGAUAGUUAAGCAGUACCAUGAAAAGACAUCUGGUGGGGAUAGCAGUGAGUGUAUGGGGUCCACAAUUUCAUCACUUCCAGGGAACGCAAGUAUACUUGGAUGGGCAAUGAACUCUUUGACAACAAAAGGCAAACCCUCUGAACAAACCACACAAGCAAUGCCUCCAAAAUCCACAUCACCUCUUGUUUCUGUUGUCCCCACUACAUUAGUAUCAAGUACACAUACCCAAAGUACAACAACACUAGUCCGAGGUGGAAGUUUAGAUUAUGGUGGUGACAUGGCGGAUCAACUAGAACCGGUGUCACCUACCUCGAAUGACGAAUGGGGGGAGCUCGAGAACAGUAUCGAUAUUCAUGAAGAUGAAGAGAUUGAAAAAGACGGGUGGGACGAUAUGUUGCCACUAGAAGAUGAAAAGCUGCCACCUGCUCUUGCAAAUGUAACACCGUAA